AUGGCGUUUGGAGCUGGUCAUACCUUCAGUACGGACAUUAGCUUCAGUCAAGACACCCUGUUGGAGAUCACACCCGACGACGUGUGUCACUGGAUGAAUUUUCGCGCGUUUGGAGACGCCAAUCCUGCGGAGGACGCAAAACCGGUGAACGCCCGUGCGUCCACCUUGGAAUACGCCAAGAAAGCGAUUUCCUCUUUCAUGCCACGCCGCACAGUUCCUUGGGGCCCUAUUCGCAACGAAGGGAAUCCAACUCGCUCAGAGACUGUAAAUGCAGUAAUUAAGAAGGUGAAGCGAUGCGAGGUUCAUUGA